UUUUCCACUUCGAACAAGUUCCAUCAAUAUUAUAUUUUUGAUCUCCCGAUGUCUAGAGACCCCGAUAGCUUGGACUCCUCUUAGAUUCGUCAUUAGUAAAUGGUUAAAUUAAUGAUAACAAACGCAGCCCCAAACAUAUAAAAGACGAAGCGAAUGCAGCCAAGUUACACAACUAGCAAAGUAACUUGCUGAUCAACAUGGCACGCCUUUUGAUUCUUCUCGCGGUAGUGCUCGCCAUUGGCAUCGCAGAAGCAAGAGUUCGAUCUUUCGUUUUUCGCCGUGGAGUUGAUGUACAGGCGUGUUUGGAUGCACAUAACAGCUUCCGAUCCCAGCAUGGCGCAGAGCCGCUGAAAUGGGACGAUUACUUGGCCAAGCACGCACAAGCCUGGGCUGACACAUUGGCGGCUAAGGGAGGACUUUCUCAUAGCCCCCAGAUGGAAGUCAGCGACAGGGAGGGAGAAAACUUAGCUCACGCCGGAAGCUGCCCUGAAGCUGUAGCUCAAUGGAUUGGGGAACUAGCCAAAUACAAGAAAUCAGGAGCAUGCACAAACCCUCCCGUGCAUGCCCCGGAGGGGACUGACCAGGUCACCCAGCUCAUGUGGCAAACUACGACAUCAGUCGGUGUUGGAAUCGCAGGAAACGUAGUGGUCGCACGCUAUUUCCCGCCUGGCAACUUCGAGGCCGAAUACGAGUUUGACGUGAAGUGCUAGAUAACAGUGACAAAUUAUCUCACUUGGAACAGGCAAUGGCAGACGGAAUUGUGAUUUAAAGCAUUCAAAGAAAAUAGUUAUGUUUUUUAAAAUAGUUGAAAUUUGCGUCUUAGAUUGAAAUAAAAAAUUCAACAUCA